AUGGAGGAGAGAGAGAGAAAUGGAGGGAAGAAAAAUGGCUAUGACGACGGCAGUUUAUCUUAUGCUAAAUUGACCUUGUCAUUAGGAAUGACUAGUAAGGGACGUGAGAUCUACGAGCGUCCUCCACAUGUCUUUGCGAUUGCUGAUGCUGCGUAUCGUUCGAUGAAACGCUAUGGACGAGACUCCUGUAUUGUCAUAUCGGCCAUGGAAAACUGUGUCGAUUUGUGGAUACGGUCGAAUUGUAGCCUGAUUUACAGGGUAAAGAAUAUCCUGUUGCGAUCGAAUUGUAUUCUGGAAUCACUCGGCUGUGCUAAGACGAACCGUAACGAUAACUCAAGUCGAUUCGGCAAAUAUAUGCACAUCAAUUUCAAUUUCAAUGGAGAUCCCGUCGGCGGAAAUAUUUCCAACUACUUAUUGGAAAAGUCUCGUGUUGUUCGACAACAACGUGGUGAACGAAACUUCCACGUAUUCUACAACCUCCUACGAGGAUUCGAUGAUGGCCACUUGAAAGAACUUGGACUAACCAAAGAUCCGAAGAAUUAUUACUACCUGAAUCAAGGAGAAAGUCUACAGGUAUCUUCGAUAAAUGAUGCACAGGAUUUCAAGGAAGUUCAACGCUCAUUCAAGGCUAUCAGUAGCUUCAAGGAUGCUGAAAUUGAUGAGCUGUGGUCAGUGAUUGCCGGUAUACUGCACCUUGGCAACCUGACAUUUGCCGAUUCGGACAAUUCAACUGGUCAUUGCCAUGUCGUCGAUCAGGAGACACUGCGACGUGCUGCGAAAUGUCUCUCUGUCACUACGGAUCAACUUCAAAAUGCGCUCACAUCUCAGGUGGUAGCGGCUCGUGGAGACGUCGUUGCAAAAGCGCAUGAUGUGAAUGCGGCACUGUAUACUAGAGACGCAUUGGCAAAGGUGAGUGGUAGCCAAUGA